UCGGGAUCGAUUCAAAAAGUCUUUGGUUUGACUGAGCGAACCUCCAUAUAUAUCACAAACCUCUAAGUUCCUUUUCCCCUUCACUCUUACAAAAGAUUGAAUUUUCAGAGAUUUCUCCGUUCGAGAAUUGCAUUUUUCUUUCCUUUCUAUAAAUAUAUAUAUACAUAUAUACACAGAGGUGGCCAUGAGUGAAACCAUGCCUAACCCAACUGAAUGGAUGCAAUUCUACAGCCCAAACUUCUCCGGUAGUCAAGGAGCAACGACCACCACUCAUCACUCUACUCUAUUCCCCGAUCGAGUUUCCGACGCCACAGUAGUCACCACUGCCGCCGCCGCAACCGAACUAGUCGGCUCCGGAAGUUCCAGUCCCUCUGCUGCGGCGGGAACCAACCGCUUGAGUCCGGAGGGUGGCCGAGUUUCGAAGCCUGUACGACGUCGUUCUAGGGCUUCACGGCGAACGCCAACGACGCUUCUCAACACCGACACCACAAACUUCCGCGCCAUGGUCCAACAAUUCACCGGUGGUCCCACCGCCCCCUUCGCCAACUCUGGGGCCCACCCUGGUGGUCCAGGUUUCGCGUUCGGACUGGGCGCCCGCCAAAACUUCGUAAACCCUAGUGCAGGCAUGGUCCCAGCAGCAGCUUUGGCCGGUUACAAUUACCAUCAUCAGCCGCCACAGCAGCAGAAUAUCUACCAACAGCAGUAUCCCUUCUCGCUAAGCACCGGCACCGGCGACGAUAGCUUUGUUCAGAGACUGAGCUCCGGUAGGCCAGUGAUGGGCAACAUGGGGGUGAGUACAGAAGAUUUUCUGAUGGGGGUCACCGCCGGCAUAUCGGGUUCCCAAGUUGCGGCGGCGAGGCCUUCUUCAAACUCGGCGAACGAGAAUCGGAGUAAUAAUUUCAUGUUUUGAUGAAUUAGAAGGGACAUUACAAGGUAGAAAAGAAAGUUAGGUGAAAGUGAAGACUUUAGAACCAUUAGAAAAGUACACUACACUGACCCGUCUAAGUUAGGUUAGGGAGAGAAUUCUUGACCAAUGUACAUACGAUAUUUAUUAUAUAUAAUGAUAAUAAUAUAAUAUGAUAUGAUAUGUACGUCUCUUUGGCCCUUUUAGUUAACCUGCAACACCAAACUACACCAGCUCUAGGUCUUGUUGAUCAUCUAUCUACAAUGUACCCUCACUCACGUUUACUUUUCUUUCCUUUCUUUCUUUUGUUCAGUCUUUUUUCUCUUUCAUUAAUUUAAUUUCUACUUUUUAGUUUUAUUAUUUAGAAUUGUGCAUGUGCAUCAUUCUUUGUUCAUUUUCUUUUUUUGGGAGCAGCAGAUCAUCUAUUAUUGUUUUCCUUUUUGAGGUUUUUAUUGGGUACGUGCUUACUUAUUUCAUAGCUAUGUUUACUAGUAUAUAUAUUAAUCAAAAAGUUAUCUGUUUGCCUGUUA